GUUCUUAAGAUUUCCUUCUUUAGUUCUUAGCUUCAGGGGACAUAACCGAAUAGGUCACGUGGUCUUCCUUUAGUCGAUCCGAAGAACUCCUUGGUUAUUUUUCUACCCAGAAUGGCUUCGAGGGUUUGUCGGAGUCUUAUCCAUCCCGUUAGAGGACGUCUUUUGACCAGUCAAGCUGCAGCAGUACAUGAUGUGGACACAUCUAGCUCUCUACAACCAGUUACCAAGGUUUCCAAGUUAGGAAAUGGUAUAACUGUGGCAUCUUUGGAAACUUACUCUCCUAUAUCACAUGUGUCUAUUGUGGUUAAAGCUGGCUCCAGGUAUGAAUCAGGAGAUAACUUAGGAAUUAGUCACCUCUUGAGAAAUAUGGCUGGAAUGGGAACAAAGGAGACCACAGCAUUUGGCUUGACUAGAACCGUGCAGCAAUCUGGUGCCAAUUACACCUGUUCAACCUCACGAGAAUUUAUCACUUAUCAAAUUGAUUGUCUUCGUGAUGAACUUGAUAAUGUGAUAGGAAUGGUGAAAAAUGCAGUGACCAUGCCAGCUUUCAAACCAUGGGAGAUAAAAGAGACAGCUGCCAGUAUGACACUUGACAAGGCUAUCCUGAAGACACAACUUCCUCUUCAGGUGUUUGAGUUACUUCACUACGCAGCUUUUAGGAAUACUUUGGGUAACUCCAUUUAUGCAUCUGACAGUAUGAUUGGCAAGUUUUCUUCUGAGCUUUUGCAUCAGUAUGUAGCAGACCACUACACAGCAGACCGUAUGGCAGUUGUUGGCAUUGGAGUUGACCAUGAACAUCUUCAAUACUUGGUUGGCCAGUUCCAGUGCAGCCCCUCGUCUGGCAUUUCUGAUGCAAAGGCAAAAUAUUGUGGCGGUGAAAUUCGAGUGGAGGCUAAGAAUGAUAUGGUAACUGCUGCUGUAGCUACUGAAGGACCUUGCAUUAAUGGAAGGACAAAACGUCUGCCCAGCAAAGACUUGUUACCUGCAUGUAUUAUGCAGAUGAUCAUGGGAACUGGACCGUUUGUGAAGUACAGUACCAACAAUAAGAUCUCCCGACUUGGUAAGGCAGCUGGGUCAGCCACUUCAGCUCCUUUUGGUAUUUCAUGUAUCAGCAGUGCCUACUCUGAUGGAGGUAUAUUUGGUUUUGCUGCAACUGCAGACAAGGCAGAUAUAGGAAAGGUUCUGAAAGCUGCCUUUGGGGAGUUUGCUAGUAUCACCAAAUCUGGAUUUAGUGAAGAGGAGAUCUCCCGGGCUAAGAACCAGCUGAAGGCAGCUGUGUUGAUGAAUGCUGAAGACAGCAACCUUGUUCUGAAAGAGAUGGCUGAGCAGUUAUUGAUUGCUGGAGGACUGGCUGACAUCACAGACAUCUUGGCACAAAUUGAUGCUGUCACCAUUAGUGAUGUCAACACGGUUUCAAAGAAGAUCAUUAAUGGCAAACCUUCAAUGGCUGCUGUUGGCAACCUCUCACAAACUCCUUACUUGGAUGAACUCUACAAAUAACUAUCGUCCAUCUUAGUCCUGUAAAAAUAAAAAUCCCUGUUAGAAGUCACCACUAAAGAUUACUGCAAUUAUGUUUGGCCAUAUUUCAAGAGAUACCAGUUAUUAGUUGCCACUAUCUAAUUUACUCUGGUUAUUGACUCUGCAGUCUAAAACUGGAAAAUAAAAACAUUAAAAUAU